GCCCGACAAGGCUUCGAAAAAAUUACAACCGAGGCGUUAGAUCAAUUUCAUUUAGUUUAGACAAUAUCUCUUGUUCCCCAUCGGCUCGUGUACCUCUUAUUCGGUUGGUCUCAAAGAUUGACUACGUUUAUAACUCAAACGAGUAGGCGGAUUUCGUCGUCACAUACGAUCCUAUCUGUUUAGGCUUAAUUCUAAAAAUUGCCUUCAGAAUAAGAUGGGUUACUUAUCAAAGCCAGUGCUGCACCAGAAACUCCAGAGACCAGAUUCUAUUAGGCUACUCGAAUUGCAUCCCGGUAAGGGACAGGACCCUCUUGUCUGUAUCAUGCACCAUGUUAGUUCGAUCUCGACAGCGCCGGCGUAUGAAUGCAUAUCGUACGUUUGGGGAGACCCGAAUGAAACCGAGGAAAUAUUGUGCGGUGUUGCUAAUAACCCCUCCUUUACUAAUGGGAAUGCACCCUCGGAGCCAGGCAGCACCUCUUUAGUCUCCUUCUCUAUUACCAAGAGCUUAGCGGGUGUGUUACGACGACUUCGUCUACCAGACGCAGAGAGGAUCGUCUGGGCAGACGGGAUAUGCAUCAAUCAAGAAGACCUUCAAGAAAAGGGACUUCAGGUAGCAUUAAUGGGCAAGAUAUAUGGGAGAGCCUCCUCGGUAGCCGUCUGGCUUGGUCAUAGCGACAACCAUACCAAGGCAGCAAUAGAGUUAAUUGACGUAAUAUCAAAUCGCUGUAGGGAAUUUGUUCAUCCUGAGGGAAUCGAUUUGGCAGAGUGGCGACGAAAGCUGAAUCGGUCAGCCCAUUUCCUUGACUACUUACCUGAAAGGGGCGACGACAAAGCUUCAAUAAAUCAUGACCCUCGAAUUGACUCGCUAGAUAGGUUCUUUGGCCGAGCCUGGUUCUGUCGGGUUUGGGUGAUUCAGGAAGUCGCUACAUGUGACGCUAUCACUGCCUACUGCGGUACAUUUCACUUACCCUGGGACCUCAUCGCGCUUGCUGCAGGUUGGUGUCUCUAUGGUCCGAUGAGUUAUGACAUGCAAAAGCGUUUCCGUAACGUGAACGGUAUUUCCAACGCCCUAUUCUUGAGGGACAAGGUAUGGCAGACAGCCGAUACCGUCACAUUUCUCCACCUCAUUGGCCGAGGCAAGGACUUCGACGCGACUAACGCUAGGGACAAAAUUUACGCCAUGUUGAGCUAUCCGACAGAUGGUCUCCCUGGCGGCAGCGAUCCAAGAUUCCACUUCGAGUUGGAGCCCGACUAUACGAAAGCUACUUCUGAAGUCUAUAGCCUAGUCGCGAUCAAGUCAAUCCAAUGUCGCCGCGACCUCGAGAUUUUGUCCUAUGUUGAUCACGGGCCUGAGCUCAGCGAUAUGUCGCCAACCUGGAUUCCUCGUUGGGAUCGUCCCUGCACCGUGGGCAUGUUGGAUCAGCUGUCUCAACACUUCGAUGCAGCCCUUGUGAAGGAACCGAAUUAUAGCGCGUGUGUGCGUAUACCCUUAUACAGCGACGGUCGCUCUUUAACGCUGUCUGGCUUUCGAUGCGGCAUAGUUCACCUCGUGACUGAGUCUAUCAACCACCUCGAUCUGGCACUCGAUGCAGAAAAGGCAGCCAAUAACCCUUUGAUGGGCUCUUUCCGACCAUCUCCUGAGAGGUCUUCUGGGAGCAAGCUUGCUAGCGAAGAGACAGACGACGUCGUAGUCCUGAACCUUAACGACUAUACACAGUACAAUGCCGAAUCAAUCUGUACCGCAUAUGCGAGAACACUGAGUCUUGCUCGGACUAUCGGGCAGGAGAUAAGCCAGCCAAGCGCCGAGCAGAUCGCACAGCACACGGCGGACUUCGCAUCCUACGUCCUCACAAUGAUGGAUCUCAUCAACCAAAACGCGGUACCCCUCUCUGAUUCUACGGGUGCUUCUUCAAGCGCGCCAAAGUUUCUUCGCUUUAUCCAAGACACCACGAUACGAGAGACGCUGUCGGCGCUGGCCCGGGAAAGAACCGGCGACGCGUCGCGCUUCUGCUAUACGCUAGGCUACGGCUGCCUGCAGCGCAAGUUCUUCCGCACGGUCGCCGGCCACAUUGGAAUCGGUCCAGCGGCAAUGGCAGAGGGUGAUAUUCUAGUUAUGUUCCGCGGUGGUCGAAUGAUCUAUACGCUUAGGGAGAGAGACGAAGGCUGGUCACUCAUCGGAGAGUGCUAUGUUCACGGUUUUAUGAAUGGUGAGCUUGGGCGACGCGCUGUGUCCGAUGACGAAGCGUUUCGGCUUUUCUAGCCCAGUUAGCUUGUUUGAUUUGGCAUUUAGUCGUGAUGACCGUGGGUUGACGGCUGGCGAGAAGUUGUAGGAUGUUUACGAAUGCUUGGGUAUAAUACGGACCGCUCGUAUAAACAGUUGCGUUUCUUCGGUUCUGAAAUUCGAAUUGAAACGAGGGGAAGAUGAUCUAAUCUAGUUGAUUACGUAACGCCGCUGUCCCCGCUUACGUAACCACGCCAAACUCGAAAGAACCGUCGGACCCAGGGGUGACUCAGCUGCUUAAGUAAGCCACGGGUCCAUAAGUGAUUGCUUAUGUAAUGCAAAAAGGGGCAAAAACAUCAGUUGCAUUGUUGCG